CCUCUGGCAUUGAACCUCCAACUGCCGCCUCAAUACUUACGACUCAUCGCCAUCAGCCAUGUCCUUUCGUUACGCCCCGAGAGUUGCGAGAAGCAAAGUAAUAGCAAUUCCACACCCGGGACCAAAUGCAAGCAAGAGCAGCCCUGGUGCUUGGCUUGUCGGCAGGAGCAUUAGCGGUCCUUACAGUAACAGCGAAGGAUGUACAUACUGAGGGGUCAUCGUCGAAACCAUCUUCGGCAGCUCUGGCAGCGUACGUCCCGCCACGAGAGAAACUUAGCAUCUAUGACGGUCCAAGUGACCUGACCGUCAGACCGGAGGAACCAAGCUCGCUGGAGUUGGCGAUUCGAGAGACAAGACAUACCGUGACAGCAGCAUUUUCCACUACCCGUGCUCAAGCGCAAAAACUUGUUAAUGAAUGGAUCAAAGUUGAGCAGAAGAUCGGAGGGACGAUUGGGCGCUACAAGGCGGACGACGAGAACUAUGUGCCAGGCGUGCUGUACGUCACGCUAGCGGGAUUUGCCGGAUCUAUACUGACUAAACGACGAUCACUUGGACUCCGAGCUCUAACUCCGCCGGCCUUCGCGCUCGCCGCAUUUGUCUAUCUGUACCCUCGCACGUUCCGAAACAUUGCGCAAGGGGGAAACAUCGCAUAUCAGCCCAGCGGAAGUGGGAGCCGAGGAUUCACAUUUGUUGAUGACGCUGUGAAGAACGUGAAGGACACCAUUGCUUCGAUCUUCAAGUAGAACUCACGGGUUACUUCCGAUUGGCGGUGGCACCAAGUUCGGCUCGUCUGCGAUGGCACGCAGUGCAUCAGCCUCUCGAUCUUCCUCCUGGCAAUCUGCCAAGCCUUUGUCGAUUCGAGCGAC